AUCAGCUGAGGGAGAUAAUUUCGCGUUGUGAUUGCACUUGUAUUAUUCUUGUAGCAUUGUUGGAUGGGAUGAAAUUAAUUAUUUUUCGUCCAUUACUCGAAUUGUAUGAUAUUUAAGUGCGUGUGUGUGAAAUAUAAAAAUUACGUUACAUAUUAUUUACGCGAUAUUUAGAUUGCUUUAAUGCUAAAGACUAUGCUAACCUCAAACUUGCUAAAUUGUAAAUAUCCUAAGCACCUAAAUGUCCUACACAUCAGUCCAAGAUUAUUUAAAAGAUUCAGACAUCAAUUUGCUUCGAAACGUGCCAUGAAGGAGUUGUAUGAAACACUUGGCGUAACAGAAGAUUGCGAGGACGAAACUCUAAGGUUGGCAUUCGUCCAUCUGGCAAAACGAUUUCACCCAGACAGUGGAGCACCAGAAGCUGAUACCGUUAGAUUUUCUCAGAUUGAGAAUGCCUACAGGGAGAUUCGCAAAGUUAGAAACAUUCAGAAAGAUGAGAAAGCUUCAUCAGAAGUCGAGGAAUUCGACAUCAAGCACACGGCACCGCAACAUCGUCACUACUUGAAUUUCGAUGUUGGGAUUGGUACACCGAGUAAACGGCAGAAAUUGCACGCAGUACAAAGAGCUCAGAAAGCAGUUGACAGUGUAAUGGAGCACAGAUUGAAAAAGAUACAAGCUGAGGAACGUAACACGUUAAUAGGCAUGGAUAAACAAAAAGCGAAGGAUAUAAAAACCCGUUAUGGUAUGGACCGCCUGGUGGAAGACUUGAUUCAAGAGGCAAUGAGCAAAGGUGAAUUCAACGACUUACCUGGAAUGGGGAAACCACUGAAUGCUACAAGUGUCAGAAAUCCUUAUGUUGACUUCGUGACACAUAAGUUGAAUCAGAUAAUGAUAGACAAUGGAUUCAUUCCAGAGUGGAUACAGUUGUCGAAAGAAAUUCGAGAAGAGACUGAGGAAUUGAAAAAGAAAUUGUCAGAAGUACGUAGUGACAUAGGAGAGCUUCCGUUAGAUCCAAAGGACAGAUUAACAUGGGAAGAUAAUCUAGAAAAAUUCAAAACUUUAACGACGCAGAUCAAUAACAAGAUUGACAAGUACAAUCUGCUAGUUCCUAUACUGCAGAAACAAAUGCUUCACAUCAGCUUAAAUGAACUCGCGGAGAAAGCAUUAUCAGCCCCGCCUGCUAAAAAUAUCAAGAAAUGCUUGGAUCCUGGUUACAAAAGUCCGGAUCCAAGUAUAUCUCAGGAUUUGUUCGCUUUCAUUAGCGAUUUGUUUAGCAAAAAGAUUACCUAGAGAGCGCAUAAGCGCACGAUAUGAUAUAAAUAUUGUAAAUUCAUUUGUACAUAUGUAUCAUAAAGCAUUUAAAAGAAACAAUAUAUAUUUA